GUUUUAGUUUUCACUUUGCUUCAACUGGCCAACGCGCAACACCGUAAGUAUCCGCUAGAUUUCACUUGUGUCACUAUUGUUAUUAUAAUCAUAACUAUAAUUAUAUUGUCAAUUCUGAUUGGCUAUCAAGUGCCCUGAUUUCAGCCUUUAUUACAUUCACUUUGAAAUCACUGGCGAUCCGUGCAAUCUGGUUGGCUCUCAACGGUGGAUUUAUUCCCAAAUUGCACCAUUUUUUGCUCUAAAAUCGCAUCUUUUUCCAAUCAAUGAAAAAGGAACACUAAAACAGUACAACCAAACAGAUUUCAAAUCUUGUUCAAAGUAACAAAUCAAAUUGCAGCCAAAAUGGAUGUAAUAAAGUGGAAAUUGAACUUCGAGUCUUGCAAUCUUGGCCUGAAAUCAUAGUGAUUUGAAAUCGAACUCGCGCUGUGCGCUCGUUCAAUUUUUAAGUCACGCGUAUGACUUCGGACUAAAUUUCACUCAGUUCAGUAGGACAGUACGCGUUAUGCCUAGUAAGUAAUUGUACAGUACGCGCCAACACGCGCGCUCUUAAAUGGCUUCUUUUUUUCACUGCUAGGAAAAAAAAAUCUUGGAAUUUCUUGUGUUUUGAUUUUUUAUCACAAAUUUUGUUUAAGUUAUGAUUAAUUGGUAACAGAACUUCGAGUCGUCCAAUCCAAUUCGGUCGGUAAUCAUAUUCGUGAUUAAACAAAUCGGACUCCAACUACGCGGUCGUCCGAUUUUGUUAAUCACUUAUAUGAUUAUUACAGACCGAAUUGAACUCCACUCAGUCCUGAUAUUAUUACUUAUUAUUAUUACUAUUAUUAUUAUUAUUAUUAUUAUUAUUAUUAUUAUUAUUAUUAUUACUAUUAUUUUCGCUUGAAAGACUGGUGAAACAACGGGUUUGAACAGUCUUUUUGGCUACUUAAUCAAGAUAAUAUUAAUACUUCGGCAGGGUCUUUGAAAAGGGAUUUAAAAAUAGUUUAUUAGAAUUAAUGUAACAGCAAUGCGGUACUCACAACUGCUUUAGUGCUCACUCUCCUGUAAGAUCCUCCGAUAUUAAUUUUGGCCCCGCAAUAGAUUUUGUUACAAUUUUUCCAUGGACCUCCUCUAAAAAGCAUUUCAACUAUGAAACUAGAUCGAAGAAUCAUUUUUCUUUGUAAGAAUUUUUUGACGCAAAUUCUUUUUCUAGUAUGUAUAUAUGUGCAAUUGACUUCGAAUUUAUAUUGUCAUAAGUUUGCUCCGGACAAAAGAAUCACUCCAAUGCAAGGCAUUGCAAUCCAAACCGGGAAUUUUGUAGUUACUCUCGUACCAUACUUCACUACUUUAAAUAGCUUUUUCUUCUAUAAGAGAUCUUGGAGGGCAGGUAGUACAUCUUAUGCACAUGCAUUUAUAUUUUCAUUUUUUUUUUCUUAGGGAUUAUCGAAACGUCAAGUUUCUUUUACAUCGCUAAAAACUUAACUAUUGAUUAAAGCAUUACAACAGAAACUACAUUUAUGCAAAGAAACGUUUUCAAUGACGACAGUUUUUGAACUUUUUUUUUUAUCUUAAUAAUUUCUUUGAAAAUCGGUAAGGAGAUAUGUACGUGCCGGGAAUGCAUUUCAAAGGUUCGCUAAUUCCAGGUUCCCGCGUACCAGAUACCUCAACUUCCAAAAACUGUUAACAAAUAUGGCGGACGCGGUAAAUUUGAGUCUCUCUCCUCCACCACUUUGUCUCUCUUCUUCGUUAGUGUAAAACCAUGACCACCUUUACAAUGGCGAUUGCAAAAUUUCAUCCUUAAGUACAGAACAAUUUUAGACUGGCAUAUCCUCAAUAAUAUGGCUUUGGAUUAUGACAAUCGUUCUCGAAGAAACAUCACCGAGAAAGGAAAAUCUUAUGCCUCACACCUGAUCGAAACGUACUAGCUGCCAAGUGUUUUAACAUAACUAAGUAGGGGAGGACGAAAAUGUAUAAUGAUGUGCAAUAGGACCUUCAAACGUGAUCCUCUUUUGCAACCUAAUUAUUUAAACUUGGCUGAAAUCAUUUUUUCCUCAAGUGGGUCAAAUGAUUAAAGUUACUUAUUGCCUCAGUUUUGUAAUUCUAAAGCGUUGGUAAUUUGAACCGAUAUGAUUUUUAGGAUAAAGGAUAGAUACAAGUUAUUAGCGGUUUUUAAGCCUUGGGAGUGACUCUUUUUGGCAGGAGCAAACAGUUAUGCACCAGUCAAUCAGCUGAGUCAAUGUUAAGCCCUAGGGUAGGAGGUCGGGCAUACCAAGGGGGAUCUGACAUUUGGCCAUUUUCAUGCCAAAUUCUUUACCCAGGGGGAAAAGACUGAUGUCAAAUACCCUUUCCCUUGGGGUACAUUUUGUUUGAUUUUGGAUUAUAUAUAAUGCGUCCCAGUCUUUUUUUAAAUCAGUUUAAUGAUAUCCCACACUUUGUUCAGGGGCGUUUCUCCCCAAAUCAAGUGCCUUUUAAAGCUGUUUAGUCCAACACGGACAAAUAUUCAACAGUAGUUAACAGGCAAUUGAACACUCAUGGACACAAACCAACUUCCUGAAACAUCAAUCCCAAGGAAACUGUUUGGGCAAUGUUUUCAAGAUAGCAGGCUGAGACUAGGAUCCAGGCUCUUGAAUCUUGUCAAACUCACCCACCCUCAGGAUCUUGUGUUACAUCAAAUCUUUUAUUAUUCCCCACAAAUGGGAAUGGAAAUACUGUCAAAUGCCCCGGGGAUGCCCCCCACCCCCUACCCUGGGACUUAAAUUUGACUGGUGCAUUCCAGUUUGACAAAGUUUGCAACGUAGGCUGUAGGUUUAAACAAGAUGCAANUUUAAGCCUUGGGAGUGACUCUUUUUGGCAGGAGCAAACAGUUAUGCACCAGUCAAUCAGCUGAGUCAAUGUUAAGCCCUAGGGUAGGAGGUCGGGCAUACCAAGGGGGAUCUGACAUUUGGCCAUUUUCAUGCCAAAUUCUUUACCCAGGGGGAAAAGACUGAUGUCAAAUACCCUUUCCCUUGGGGUACAUUUUGUUUGAUUUUGGAUUAUAUAUAAUGCGUCCCAGUCUUUUUUUAAAUCAGUUUAAUGAUAUCCCACACUUUGUUCAGGGGCGUUUCUCCCCAAAUCAAGUGCCUUUUAAAGCUGUUUAGUCCAACACGGACAAAUAUUCAACAGUAGUUAACAGGCAAUUGAACACUCAUGGACACAAACCAACUUCCUGAAACAUCAAUCCCAAGGAAACUGUUUGGGCAAUGUUUUCAAGAUAGCAGGCUGAGACUAGGAUCCAGGCUCUUGAAUCUUGUCAAACUCACCCACCCUCAGGAUCUUGUGUUACAUCAAAUCUUUUAUUAUUCCCCACAAAUGGGAAUGGAAAUACUGUCAAAUGCCCCGGGGAUGCCCCCCACCCCCUACCCUGGGACUUAAAUUUGACUGGUGCAUUCCAGUUUGACAAAGUUUGCAACGUAGGCUGUAGGUUUAAACAAGAUGCAAAAUUUGCCCCAUUUUCUAUUUAGUGGGCAAAAAUCAAUGUGAGGAGCUCAAGAGACUUGCUCUUAAUUUGAAUUAUUCGAUUUGUAACCUGUUUAUUGACACACUUGUUCAAAGCAUUACACGUGGGUAAAUAAAUAGCCUCUGUAGAGGUAAUACGUUACAGUUAAUUUGCAGGGGAUCCUUAAUUUAAAGCCAAAUCAGAGAGUAGGACCAGCAUUAUUCUAAGCAUGUUUAAAGAUAGGUUUAAGGUAGUAUGACAGUUACAACUUACGAGUGCACAUUUUGUUGAAAAUUAUUUCAGCUUUGAGACUGGUCGGAGGAUAUAGGAGCUCAGAAGGAAGAGUCGAAGUGUUUUAUAAUAACCAAUGGGGAACGGUUUGUGAUGAUUACUGGGAUAUAAAUGAUGCACGUGUUGUUUGCCGUCAGCUUGGGUAUCCUGGCGCUAUUAGUGCUCCAGGGUCUGCCCGAUUCGGGGCUGGAAGUGGUCCAAUUUGGCUGGAUGAUGUAAAUUGUCAAGGCAACGAAACUUCAAUUGGCUAUUGUAGGCAUAGUGGAUGGGGCAACGAGAACUGUGGUCACUAUGAAGAUGCCUCAGUAGUAUGUUAUGGACUAGGAUCUGGAGGU